AAGUUCGCUAACUGAGGAGCUGUGCGUGGCCGCCGUGGGCUGCGAGUUGGGUUCGGGUUUUGCGGCCCGUGAGUUGGGUUCUCCAGUUCGACCUUGUGGAGGUCACUAUGUUUUUCGCCGAAGUCGGGGCCGGGCCGCGGACGUACGAAGCCAGCCCCUCGGAGCACAGGAAGUGGGUGGAAGUAUUUAAAGCAUGUGAUGAAGAUAAGAAAGGCUACCUAAGCAGAGAGGACUUUAAAGUUGCUGUUGUAAUGCUGUUUGGGUACAAGCCCUACAAGAUAGAAGUGGAUUCUGUGAUGUCUUCAAUAAAUGAAAACACUUCCGGUAUAUUACUUGAGGAGUUUUUAAGUGUUGUAAGGACAAAGAAGGAAGCUCAACUGUGUUGGAGUGAGAUUAGACACAUCUUCACAGCUUUUGACAUGCGCUAUCGUGGAUUUUUAACUUUGGAAGAUUUCAAAAAAGCAUUUCGUCAGGUGGCUCCCAAAUUACCAGAGAGGAUUAUUCUUGAGGUAUUCAGGGAAGUAGAUCAAGACUCAGAUGGUCAUGUCAGCUUCAAAGACUUUGAAUACGCCAUGAACUACGGGCAAAAAGAAGCCUAACUUGUGAACUACAUUUUCCAAGUUCUGGGGAGAUCAGUCAAUUGUGAUGUAUUUAAAUGUCAUAUGCACUUCACUCUACUAAUGGUGUAAUGCUACAUACUUGUGAUUAAACUCUUAAUCAUAGUUUUUAGAUGCUGAUAAUAUAUUUGCAUCUCACAAUCCUAGAGGUGGCCAUCACAGGUGGUCCCCUUCCCUGUGGCUAGCAGCCCUGAUUCAGGAUGGUCCUUCCCCCAUUCCUUUUCAUUCUUGUGCACCUUCUGCCCACCGUCCCCACCUCCCAGCUCCUCCCCCCCACACACACACAAAUACUGCCCGCUUAGAGUGCUACACUCUACCACACUCGCCACCCACUGCAGGCUCCUGAUUCUCACAGGUCCUGAUGUCCAUAGAGGGGUAUUUCAAGGGGUUGGGAGGGUGGAUCUCCAGUGUACUGUGGCUGGAAUAAAGAUGGGGACCGGGCAGGAAGAAGCCUGUUGGUGCUAAAA